GUCCCAUACCGGCAGUUGCGUCGCAGGAACAGCAUGGACACGAUGCUCCAGUUCAUGAAACUAGUUGGGCAAUUAAAGCGUGUUCCUAGGACAGGUUGGGUUUACCGAAACGUUAUGCAACCUGAAAGUGUGUCUGAUCACAUGUACAGGAUGGCGAUGAUGGCGCUGACUCUCCGAGACCCCAAUGUAAACAGAGACAGAUGCAUGAAGCUGGCUUUAGUUCAUGACCUGGCUGAGUGCAUUGUGGGAGACAUCGCUCCGGCCGACAACAUCAGCAAAGCCGAGAAACACCAGAGAGAAAAGGAGGCCAUGGUCCGUAUCACAGGCCUGCUGUCUGAAGAUCUGCGUAAGGAGCUGUACCAGCUCUGGGAGGAGUACGAGGAUCAGUCGAGUAAUGAGGCCAGGGUUGUGAAGGAGCUGGACCAGCUGGAGAUGAUCCUACAGGCUCAUGAGUAUGAGGAGCUGGAGGGGAGCCCAGGCCGACUGCAGGAGUUCUUCACCUCCACUGAAGGUCGUUUUCAUCACCCAGAAGUCCUAGCACUGGUAAAGAGCAUAAACGAGGAAAGAGCACGUCACAUGACCAAAGCAGAAGAGACUGGAUCUGAAAAAUCAGCAAAACAGAACUGCCACACGACAUCACCAGGCUCCUCCUGACCUUUGAUGUGACAGUUGCACAUCAUCAUGUAUUCUACAGAAAUAGUUCAGUUUGCAUCUUAGCAAAGCAUAUUUUGUACACUCUGCAUGUACAGUAUGUGUCCAUUAACUACAAAUGAUGGAGUUACACUCCUAGACACUCAUAGCAGUAUUGAAUAGUGUCUGGUUUGUCAUGACACAUUACAGUAACGUCUGUAAUGUAAACUCCCUUCGGCUUUAACGAUGAUUGUACAACCCUGUGUGUAAAUUAUGUCCACAAACCCUGAAAAGUUUAGUAAGUUAUAGUGGAAGUUAUAAUCUGGAUGAUUGCUGAGAAUCAAUGGCUGUGAUUCUUACACCACUGAGGACCUUACCGUAUAGUUUUUGUAACUCAUAAUUACUUAGUUUAUUGCAUUAAGAUGUUGAGGUAGAAUAAUACCUCGCACUAGCGUAUUGUUGUCUGUAUUGCCUUGCUUUUAAACAUAAAAAUGUUUCACGGUAUAAAGUUCUGCUUUGCAUUUGCUAACAAACAGACGGAUUAUACACGUCAACAAUUACAAGGAACUUGUAAUUCCGCAGAAUAACAAUAAAAUUUUUCCCUUU